GAAGGGCUAUUAUCACUUGGAAACAUAUUUCCAUAUAUAUUCUCAAGUAUAAAGCGAUAUCAGACUGUCCGAGGUGGACAUCGAACUUGAACAUUCUGGUUGAAAAGCCGAAGCUCUUACCACUGAGCAACAGAGAAGACCUAUUAAUAGCAUAAUGUCUACAAGUGAUGAAACUGGAGACGAAACUAAUAGGAGCUGGAGUUCUACUAAUAGAAAAAAAGACACAAGUCGCCGUAUUAGUUUCAAGACAUACCAAUAUAGUCAUGUUAGCCAGAAAUGUAAUAUGGAAAUGUCAAUUAGGACGCAUCUUUCAAAUGAGGAGAUGAGCGGUCUGAGUACGUCACAGGUUAGACCUUUAAAUCGAGGAAACACGAGAGGGAGCAGAAGUGAACAUCGUAACCGUAGAUCCUCAUUGUCGACUAAAAAAUUAUUGCCAGGCCGAUCAGACUUUUAUGAAGUAAUGAUACCCUACAUGCAAGAUUAUGAUAAAAAGUUUAUCUUGAAUCAGUUAUAUAGCCGCUUGCCAUCAGAUGCCUUAUUUCAUCCUCUUUAUUUUAAAUUAAGUGAAGGGAAAGCCACUUUCUAUGUAGACAGUUUUUCCAUUGCGAAAAAAAUUUUACAACUUCACAAAGUCAUACUUUUACCAAAUGGCUACAGUAUGAUGAUGAGAGUUCGCUCUCGUUUGCCUGAAAUAUCUCUGAACAAUAACUUAAGGGAAAAAAUGAUUGCGGCAUUUGCUAGAAGAUAUAACCCGGACAUGAAUUCAUUAGACUUGUCUAGUUUUCAUUUGGAUCCUGAAUUAAGUGAUGUGUUUUCUGCACUGGCUAGGCCAGAUAUAUUGAAUGAAGCUAUUACUAUAAUUGCUUCUAAAGUUCCAUCUUUAGUAGCCUUAAAUUUAGACAAUAACAAAAUUUAUCAAACAGAUCACCUGAUAUGUAUACCAGAGAAGUUGCCCCACAUAAAAGUACUUCACCUGAAAAAUAACAAUUUGACGCACAGCAGGCGACUAGAGCCGCUGAAAAAGCUUUCUUUGGUGGAGUUAAUGUUGGAUGGGAAUCCAUUCAAAAAUCGCUUACGAGAUUAUAGUGUUUACGUUAGAAUAGUGCGGAAAAUGUUUCCAAAAAUUUUGAAAUUAGACGGAACAGAAAUUCCGCCAGAGAUAACUUUCGAGUUACAAAAACCCAUACAUUUACCCACACCUAAAGCCUAUUUUUUUUGCAAUUCAGCGGCUGAAGAUACUGUUCGACUAUUCUUAUAUCAAUAUUAUACGAUUUAUGACUCUGGCGAUAGGCAAUGCUUGGAAGCAGCUUAUAAAGAAAAUUCAAUUAUGUCUCUAUCUGUUCUUGUUAACACUGAAAGUAGUGAUUACAAAAAAGACAUAAUCAAUGAUGAUGAAUCGAAUAAAACACUGAUGUUGGGGUGCUUGCAAAUUGUGUCGUAUUUAAUAUUAUUGCCUAAAACACAACAUGACAUUACAUCAUUUCAAGUUGAUAUGUCAUUUUUAGCGCCUACUUUAAUGCUCCUAUCUGUAUCUGGAGUUUUUAAAGAAUUGAAUGGUGAAAAUAAUCCACCAAUUCGAUCGUUCCAUAGAGUUAUGACAAUAGUUCCUGCUGGAUCUGGAUUGUGUAUUAAAAACGAACAACUAUACAUAACAUCGGCUACAUCUUCCCAAAAAGAGGAAGCAUUUCGGGUUUCACCGAUUCAUAUAGCAGAAGUCACCGAGCAAGGAACCCCGGCAGUUACAGGUGAUAUAACUAAACUGAACAUGCUUCAUGUACUCGCAGCUAAUACUAAUAUGAAUUUGGCUUGGUCCGAAAAAUGUAUGGAAGAUAAUCAUUGGGAACUCGAAAGAGCUUUGUGUGCUUUUAAUCAACUAAAGGGAGAAAAUAAGAUACCUCUGGAGGCUUUUAUAAAAUAAGAUAUGUAUGUGUAUGUGUAUGUGUGUGUGUGUGUGUGUGUUACGUAUGUUCUAUUUAAAUACACGAAUGAAAGUAUACAUUGGAUUCAAUAUAUUGAUAAUGAUGAGAA